AUGAAAGUCAUCGCUUUAGUGUUAGUUGGUUUAUUGUGUGUUUCCGCUGAAACCCAAACAAGAUCACCAGGCUAAUUGUUGGUUGAUCACAUCAACAGUUUAAUCCUUUCCAUCAGAAACGAACAAACAGAACACGACGAUAUCUAUACAGUCUAAUAAAGAGAAUGUGGAGAUGAAUUAGGAUUCAGAAAGAAGGAAGUCUAAGACGCUGUAGAUGCCUUAACUAGAGCUACUGAACACAAGGGAAGAGCUUAAGCUGCACAUGCUUCUGCCACAGCUGAUUUAAUCAGAGUUAAAACUUAUCAAUAAAUUCUUGAAGACUAAGUUGAAUUCAUUACCACCAGAAGAAAUGACAGAGCUACCAACUUUAACAAGAAAGUCUAAAACAUCAACACAUCAUUGUCUUUGAUUGAUGGUGCUGAAUAAAUUGUCAAUGUAUUUUAAAAAUAUAAAUAAUAUAGGAAUUCGCCAAUGCCUCAGCUUCUUUUGUCUAAGUCACAAAACACUUCAACAAUAUGUUCCUCUAAGCCACAAAAGCUGGUAAUGCUGGUGAAUAUGCUCCAUUAUUGUCAGUCCUUGUUGAAUUAAGUGGAGAUGGAAACGUUAGUGUUGAUAACAUCUAAAGAAUCAGAUAAUUAUUAAAUGAAUUAAGAGAAAAGUUAUCAGCUGCUCUUUCAGAAUUGACAGAUAACGAAAAUACCUAAAUUGAAGUUUUCUAAGCUAGAAAGAACAGAGUUUAAGAUGUCAUCACUCUUUUAGUUAAUGUCUAAGGAUAAUUAACUGCUUAUAUUGCCUAAUUAUAAGCCACAAUUACCAAAGAAGAAGAUAUCAUCAAUUCAGCUACCAGCAAAAGAAUUAGAAACUAAAACUUACUUAACUAUGCUAGUGACAUGUGUAAUGCUUUCAAUACUGAAUACACUGACAGUACUGGUGCUAGAAGAAAGGAAGUUGAACUCUUAACCAAAUUGAGAACAUUCGUUGAAUAAAGAGUUGAAGAAUUCAAUCAAUAUGGAGGAGAUCCCACUGAUGUCUUUGCCAGUUAUGCUAAAUAAGGACCUGCCUAAGCUGCUGAAGCUUCAUUCCUUUAACUUAGAGCUAACCUUAGAGCAAGAAAGUGAGUUUUAUAUAUUAAAUAAAAUUCAAAAAAAUCAAUUAUUUU